CACCUGUGUCCGUCCAUUUUAAAAGUGAGGCGUGUUCACUGAAUACUUUACCAAUGAAUCUAGAGACAAUUGGUAGCAAAGUUCAAGGAUCCUCAAGAGCACACUUCUCAGAGAGAAAGAGAGGGAAUAGCAUUCAGUGACCUGGGUUUGAAAGACUGAAAUGAUUGGAUAAUAUUUGAACUACACUGAAAAGCAAUGCAAAUUGAAUGCUGACAGGGUUGGCCAGGUAAUUUAAGGGUCUAACAAAACAUUAUUCAAGAAGAAAACAAGUGGAGAACAUGGCAGAGAGCAAGGCCAGCAUCAGCUCAAAAGGAGGGGCCAAUGUUCUUGCUAAACGGAUGCAGAAACAAUUCAACAGAGCACAGGAGAAGGUGUUGCAGAGGCUUGGCAAAUCUGAGGAGACCAAAGAUGAGCACUUUGAGCACUGUGUCACGAACCUCCAAUACCAACAGAACGAUGGAUACAGAAUAUACAAGGACCUUAAAGCGUACCUCAAUGCUGUCACAGUAAUGAGGGAUGCUUCAAAUCGACUGUUUCAGUCCUUGUAUGAUGCCUAUGAUGAUAAGUGGGAUGGUGCAGAGGAUCUUGGGCCAGUUGUGGAGGGAGAAGAGCUUCUGUGGAAAGAUUAUGAGGACAAGAUGCAUGAUCAGGCAUUAAUCACGAUGGAGUCGUACAUGAGCCAGUUUCCAGAUGUCAGGGAAAAGGUGGCCAAGCGAAACAGGAAGCUCGUAGACUAUGAUUCUACUCGCCAUCACCUGACAGGGCUGCAGAAUGCUAAAAAGAAGGAUGAUAUUAAAAUCGGAAAGGCAGAGGAUGAGAUGAAUGCAGCAAAGGUGAUAUUUGAGGACAUGAACAGGGAGCUGAAGCUGGAACUGCCUCUUCUAUUUGACAGGGAGAAGAGCUUCUGUGAAAAGGUGGCCAAGCGAAACAGGAAGCUCGUAGACUAUGAUUCUACUCGCCAUCACCUGACAGGGCUGCAGAAUGCUAAAAAGAAGGAUGAUAUUAAAAUCGGAAAGGCAGAGGAUGAGAUGAAUGCAGCAAAGGUGAUAUUUGAGGACAUGAACAGGGAGCUGAAGAUAGAACUGCCUAUUCUAUUUGACAGUCGCAUUGGAUGCUAUGUCACAGUCUUCCAAGCCAUUUGCAACCUCAGAGACAUCUUCUACAAGGAGCUUACCAAGAACAAUGAGGUUCUGCAGACUGUGAUGAAAGAGCUGAGCACCCAGCAUCCAGACAAGGGCUUUGUUGUGAAGAACUUCAACCGCUCUGGUUCCUUGAAGAGAAGGUCAUUUAGAGACACGUUGUCCCCCAGAUCACUUAAAAGCUUUAAAGAUUUCCCAUUACAGUUAAAAGUUUGGAAUAAUUAA